AUGGUAUAUGAGUCGUCCUACGAGACUGGUCGAAAGCCAUUCACUCCUGAUAUGCAACGCGGAAAAUGGGAGAAACCAACAGAUUUCAUUUUUGCCUGCUGCGGUUUGGCCCUCAAAUUGGAUAUAUUUGUGAUUUCUUAUCAGCUUAUCUUCGACAUGGGCUUAUUUGCCAUAUUACCAUACUAUUUUUAUAUGGCAUUAUAUUUGGUGCCUCUCCUGGUCAUCCAUUCCUUUAUGGGUCAGUUCUCAAGCAGCGGUUUUAUUUCCGCCUUUCGUCUAUCGCCGUUCUUUAGAGGAAUGGGCUAUGUGAGUGUCUUCUUGAGCAUUGCAAGUCUGAUCUAUUAUGCCAUCUUUGCAACAGUUCCCCUUAUUUUCCUACUACAUUCUUUUCGACCAACUUUGCCCUGGAGCUGCGAGGGAUUUAAGAAUGUGUGGAAUCUAACGACUAUGUGUAAUAUGAAUAUUUCGGAAUCGGACGCCAUUUCAACGCUCGCGAAUGAAACCGAUUUCGAUGUCUUGCAUAUGACUGAGACUCAUGUACCUUCAGUGCUAUUUUUCAAGCAGCACUUUAAGUCUCUGUUCGAUGGCAUAUUUAUUGGAGUGACAGACAGUCAGUUUUCAUGGACUAUUGUGGGAUUCUCCGUUAUGAUCUGGGGAAUAAUCGCAUUUAUUUUUAGGAAUUAUUCAGAAACGUCCAAGUUUGGAAAACUUCUACGCUAUAUGAUACUCACAACGUUGGCCUUAUUGCUGAUCUGCUUGUCGCGCUUUAUUUUUCUGCCCGGGGCUUUGGACGGUCUUACGCACUAUGUGAAACCCCAUUUAGACUCCACAGAAAAUGGAAUUAUUGUAAUGGUAGUUGUGGCUUUGCAGGCUUUUGGAUCUGGUUGGGGAAGCGUUAUGUCUUUGUCAAGUUUCAACAGUUUCAAGACAAACAUAAUGAGCUAUAGUUGGAUAAUUGCCUUUGGACAGACACUCGUCUACAUCCUUUUCGGUAUGGUUAGCUUCAUAUUACAACAUUACUUUCAAGCGAUGAAGGUUGAUAGCUUUGAUUUAUAUGCCGAAACUAAUUGGGUUUUGUACUUAUCGAGUGCCAGUGCUUUGGCCACACUGGAAUGGGCCAAUCUCUGGACAAUUCUAUACUACUCAAUGUUGCUGAUUUCUUCGCUAGUUGUAAUGAUCACUCAAAUCUUUACCGUGCUUACGAGUCUCUUUGAUGAGUUUGAGUUUCUACGAGAGCAUAAACAAAGGGUCACCUACGGAUUCAUUGGAUUCCUAGGUUUCUGCUCAUUAUUAUUGAGCACACAACAUGGUAUUGUAUUCUUCUCGGCCGUAUCUCUAGAUUCGAUUUUAACACAUAGCGUUAUGCACUUGUUACUGAUACUUGCGGUUCUCUGGAUCUAUGGAAGAGAGCGUUUCCAGCGGGAUAUUGAGUUUAUGCUGGGACAACCUUUUGCCUCAUGGAAGGUCUUCAUAUUGCGCUUUAUAGCUCCACUAUUUCUGAUAUAUUCUUUGCUUAUGGGAUUGCUUAUGGCAUCUAUGGAGCAUAUGUUCCAAUCGAGUCUUAUGUUAUACAUAAGUUUAAUUCUGGUGAUAGUCCCACUGAUAUUUAUUCCUGGCUAUGGAAUGUAUAUAACUUAUCAGAAUACUGGAGGAUUUUGCAAUCGUUUCAGACGUGCUUGUCGACCAACCGAUUGGUAUCCCCAGGAAAUGGAAGAUCGACAGCAAUAUGAGGAGGUUGUUGGUAAUUCCGAUGUAACGCAUCAGUUGUAUGAAGUAACCGAGGAAGUUAAUUGAUAUUUUACAAUUUACAAUGCAUUAUUUAUUGUAAAAAAGACAUUAUUUGGAGGAAUACUUGCACAACAAAUUUACAGAAACUUAAAACAUAAUUUAUAAUAAAAGAGAUUGCAUUAAAAA